AUGGGGAAAUAUUUGGGAAUGGAUCAUCCAACCGCCAGCUUCCCCUACACAAUACCUAAGAGGCUGAAUGCUCUAAGCAGGCCACGAAGAGGUUUCAUUGAAGCCUCGGAUGGACCUGGCUACACACAAUCUGGGAUCAGAAAAUCCGCCUUAAAUGGGCAACCUUCCGAUAGAGUUAAUGAUAUCGCAUGGCCAUGGCUCAGGCGUUUGAUACUAGUCAAAAAGAUGUACAGAAACAAAUUCGAUCAAGAACGUCUGGAAAAACUUGACCGAAUGAUUGAGGCGAGUAAUGCGACCCUCUACUCAAAGUUAGCCCACUGUACCGUAGACCUAAAGAAGCCGCAGGAAGGUAAAGAAAUAAAGAAGAAAAAAGGAUGGUCUGAGAGUGAUUGGAAGAAACACAUGGAUUAUCUUGCAAUGGUUGCUGCACCUAAAAGAGAGUUUCAACCACCGCCUGUAAAGCGUGGCAAGUCCGUGCCCCUUGAAGCCCUGUUGCCAAGGAUCAAAGAGAUAUCGUCUCCGGCUGAUUUCAAAUGCUACAGAAGACAGUCGAAGGAAGUGUGGUACAAGGAUCCAAUUAAGGUACAACCCGCUGCCCUGAAGUACCAAAUCACAGAUCGAACUAAGAAGCUAGCCGCUCCGAGGAGUUUACAUGAAGGCUGA